CUGUAUCCUACUCAUUUCCAUCCUGUUAGUUUCACCUCAGGGAGCGCCAAUGACAAGUCCAGCCAGCAUGAAUUGUCUUCUCAAUGGGCAUAGAGGAGUUCGUAUGAUUGAGAAACUGCUGAUAAUUGUUGUAGGGUUGAGGUGAACUCAUGGCAACAUAUACCAUGUCAAAAGGCUUUGGAUAUCCCACUUUGCAGUCCUGACUAUCCACUUGAUGCAGUGACCACGAUGUUCGAACUCAGUGUGUGGGUCCAAACGUGGGAGGGUGAUGCACGACUUCAACAUGUGUGUCCUACGAGCGUCAACUUAAUGAAAAUGUGCCAAUAUUCUGGCAAGUAUGGCUAGGACGGAGUCUACAAGAAACCUGGAAGUCCUCUUUCCUCUUUUCCCACUCUAUGCGACUAUUCCAUGAUAUCCCUUCCCGUUACUGAAUUUUCCAGACACCAUCAUCAUCUACAGGAUACUCUCUGAGUUUCUCGAUGUCUGCUCAGCAAGGGGAUGUUCAUAAUAUGAUGGCACAUGCUUCAUCUGUCGAUGCGCGCCACAGCGUGUUCAGUGAAGUUCAUGGCCAGCAAAUUAAUGGCAAUCACGCAAUAGUUAACCACUACAGCAAAGAUAUCGCUCAAGUGCGACAAGAACUGGCUGAUUGGCUGACUCCUCUGGAUUUCCGUCAAAAACAGAAUGAUAUCUACGGAAAUCGACAAGAGGGGACUGGAGGUUGGGUAUUUGAUAACAAAAUAUACAAGGAUUGGGAGAGGGGCGAUGCUAAAACACUAUGGUGUCCUGGGAUUCCUGGUGCUGGCAAAACGGUUAUCGCGUCACAUAUCGUCAAUCAUCUUGCCAGUACGCUCAAGAGCCCUAGUAUAGCUGUAGCAUACAUCUACUGCGAUUACAAAGACCAGUCAAGUCAAACGGUUUUUGACCUUGAAGCAAGUCUCCUGAAGCAACUCGUUCAAGAUUCCUCGCCAACGUUCGAGCGCGUUAAAAGUCGAUACCAAUGUCAUCGGGAACAAAGAUUUCGCCUAACUGUCAAGGAUGUCCACGAUACGCUU